GUUGCUAAUGAGCCUCAACCCCUCACAACCCAACAGCUAUGCCGCCAAAGAAAACAAAAGCGGCGGCUGGGCCAGUUGCAGCUUCAUCUGCAAGAGGAGCUUCUUCAAAGAAGGGCACUGCUGACCCUCCCCCUCCUUCCGAUGCGCAAGAAGAAACAAGCACAGCUCCUGUGAAGCGCAAAAGGGCAAGUGCAAAGGCGAAAGCUGAGGAAAAACCUAGACUCAGAGGACCAGACGAUGGCUUUGCUGCUUUGCUUGAGCCAUUCUAUGCGAACAAGAAGUUGACAGAUCCCAUAAAUACAGCCAAGGACAAAUGGAACCUUCUGCCAGCUUUUUUGAAAGUCAAGGGCUUGGUCAAACAACAUAUCGACUCCUUUAACUUCUUUAUCGAGCACGAAAUUAAGGACAUUGUCAAGGCAAAUAAGAGAAUUACCAGCGAUGUUGACCAGCACUUCUUCCUUGAGUAUACCGAUGUUACUAUUGGAGAACCAGACCGCAUGGAAUUCGAUGACCGGCAAGCAUCUAACGAUAUAACACCAAAUGAGUGCCGAUUACGAGAUUUGACAUAUGCAGCGCCCAUCCGAGUUAAUGUCAAAUAUGUUCGAGGCAAACAAGUUAUUACAAGGACCGAUAUUGCCAUCGGACGGUUACCCAUUAUGCUUCGAAGCUCAAAGUGUCGACUUUCAGGAAAGAAUGAUGGGGAAAUGGCACGUAUGAAUGAGUGUGCUCUGGAUCCAGGUGGAUACUUCAUUGUCAAUGGUACAGAGAAGGUCAUUCUUGUCCAAGAACAGUUGAGCAAGAACAGAGUGAUUGUGGAGACAGACUUAAAGAAGAACAUUGUUUCUGCUUCUGUUACCAGUUCUACGCACGAGAGAAAGUCCAAGAGUUACGUGUUACUCAAGAAAGAGCGAAUCUACCUACAGCAUAAUAUUCUGACCGAAGCUAUACCAAUCGUGAUUGCACUUAAGGCACUGGGAAUCCAAUCAGACCAUGAAAUGUUACUUUUAGUGGCUGGUACAGACAGCAUCUAUCAGGACGACUUUGCGGUCAACUUCGAAGAUUGCUCUAAGCUGGGUGUUUUCUCGCAGCACCAAGCACUCGAAUGGAUUGGAGCUCGGGUCAAGAUGGGCGCCAGGGGCAAGACAGCAGGUGCACCUCAACGUAGAAACCCAACCGGAGAUGCUUUAGAAGCUUUGGCGAACAUCAUCAUCACCCACGUACCUGUCCACGGCCUGGAUUUCCGUCCAAAGGCUCUCUACAUCUGCUUCAUGGUCCGUCGAGUCCUGAUGGCAAUGCACGACCCGAAACUUGUUGAUGAUCGCGAUUAUGUCGGAAACAAGCGUCUGGAAUUGGCUGGUCAACUUCUUUCUUUGCUAUUUGAAGAUUUAUUCAAGAAGUUCAACUCCGAUCUGAAGAUGAAUAUCGACAAAGUCUUGAAAAAGCCAAAUCGGACUAUGCAAUUCGACGCAUUCAACUAUCUACAAUCUCACGGCAAUUCAAUUACACAAGGCAUGAACCGUGCCAUUUCAACUGGCAACUGGAGCGUCAAGCGUUUCAAGAUGGAAAGGGCUGGUGUGACACACGUACUCAGCAGACUGAGUUAUAUCAGUGCCCUGGGUAUGAUGACUCGUAUCAGUUCUCAAUUCGAGAAGACCAGGAAAGUCAGUGGUCCUCGUGCGCUUCAGCCAUCUCAAUUCGGUAUGCUUUGCCCGUCCGAUACUCCAGAAGGAGAAGCAUGUGGUCUUGUCAAGAAUCUGGCACUCAUGACGCACAUCACCACGAACGAUCUUGAGGAACCAGUGAAGAAAUUGGUCUUUGUUCUGGGUGCUGAAGAUAUCGUCUCCAUGAGUGGAAAGGAGAUUUACGACGUGGGAGCAUAUGUUGUUUUCGUCAAUGGAACGCCUAUCGCACUCACCAAGCAACCGAAGGCGUUCCUAAACUCCUUCAGAAAGUUCAGACGUACAGGACGAGUUUCAGCUUUCGUCAGUAUCUACAUCAACCACCACACUAAUGCUGUUCACAUCGCCACCGACGAGGGAAGAAUUUGUAGACCUCUCAUUAUCGUCGAAAACCAGAAGUCUAAGGUCACCAGACGGUCGCUCGAGGCGUUGCGAUCUGGUAAAAUGGAUUUUGACGACUUUCUCUACCGAGGAUUUAUCGAGUAUGUUGAUGUCAACGAGGAGAACGACUCCGAGAUUGCUCUGUACGAGAAGGAGAUCAACGAGACAACUACGCAUCUUGAGAUUGAGCCUUUCACGAUUCUAGGAGCUGUUGCGGGACUCAUUCCAUAUCCUCACCACAACCAAUCUCCUCGUAAUACUUACCAAUGUGCAAUGGGUAAGCAAGCUAUUGGAGCUAUUGCAUAUAACCAGUUUUCCCGGAUCGAUACCCUCCUGUACCUCAUGGUCUACCCGCAGCAACCCAUGGUCAAGACUCGGACUAUCGAGCUGAUUCAUUACGACAAACUCCCAGCUGGACAGAAUGCUACAGUUGCCGUUAUGUCUUACUCUGGUUACGAUAUCGAGGACGCUUUAGUUUUGAACAAAUCAUCCUGUGACCGAGGUUUUGGGCGAUGCCAGGUUUUCCGCAAAAAUAUGGUACAGUUGAAGAAAUAUCCGAAUCGUUCCGCAGAUCGAUUAGGGGAUCCUCAGCGCGACGAAAAAGACCCAAGCAAACUUAUUGCGAAGCACCGCAUUCUGGGUUCUGACGGUAUUGGCUCAGUGGGCGAACGGAUUGUCUCUGGUGAAAUCUUUAUCAAUAAAGAGACCCCAUUAAACACUAUGUCUACUGGCAUUGGUUCUGACUAUGGAACCAAUGAUUACAAGCCCGCACCCUCCACCUACCGCGCUUACGACUACGCAUAUAUCGACAAAGUCAUGCUCUCACAGAAUGAUCGUGAUGACUUGGUUGUCAAAGUACAGACUCGGCAAACACGACGACCAGAAUUGGGCGACAAGUUCUCUUCUCGCCAUGGGCAAAAAGGUGUGGUUGGUAUCAUCGUCAAUCAAGAAGACAUGCCAUUCGCCGACUCAGGUGUCACUCCUGACAUCAUCAUGAACCCUCACGGUUUCCCAUCCCGUAUGACGGUGGGGAAGAUGCUGGAGCUUCUCUCUGGCAAGGCAGGGGUUCUGAACGGUACACUAGAAUACGGAACUGCCUUCGGAGGCAGUAAUGUCGACGAUAUGGGCAGCAUUCUCAUUAAGAACGGCUUCUCAUACUCCGGCAAGGACUUCGUCACGAGCGGUAUUACUGGUGAAUCUCUCCCUGCCUACAUCUUCUUCGGGCCCAUCUACUACCAGAAACUCAAGCACAUGGUCCAAGACAAGAUGCACUCCCGUUCUCGCGGUCCCCGCGCGAUCCUGACUCGUCAACCAACAGAAGGUCGUUCUCGUGACGGUGGUCUUCGUCUGGGAGAGAUGGAACGUGAUUGUCUCAUCGCCUACGGAGCCAGUCAACUACUUCUGGAGAGACUCAUGUUGAGCAGUGAUGCGCACGAGGUGGAUAUCUGCGAAACGUGCGGAUUGAUGGGAUAUCAAGGGUGGUGCCAAACAUGUAAGAGCACACGGGGUGUCACCAAAAUGACGAUGCCCUAUGCGGCGAAGUUGUUGGUGCAGGAGAUGCUGAGUAUGAAUGUUUUGGUGAGAUUGAAGCUCGAGGAUGAGUUUCCUCACGGCAAAUAAAUCUCGAGGGAUCUUUUGGGUGGGCGAUUUGGGAUAUGAGGCAUAAAGGAUGAGAUCUGGAUGAAGGACGCAUGAAUGACGAGAUUGCUGUAUAGAAAUGCAUUUCUGGCGUUGCAAGGGCGCAAAUAGGAGGGUUGCAUAGCCUUGGCGUACUGGAAUAUCUUCUUAGACAAAAAAUCAGGUCAGGCCAAUAUGUCUUAAAUGAUAAAUGCGAAAUAAUAACCUGGUCAUACGAGGAAGUUCUUUUUCUGUUUUCUGACCUCGCUUACAGAUGAGUGAUUGUUUCUGCACUCAGUGGACUUCUUGGCUCGCGCAGCUCAAGGCAGUAUCGAUGAGAGAAUAUGUAUAAUUUCACAUGAGGUCCUUGGUGUCAUAGAAUGCUUGGAGUUGAUAGAACUCGGAAAGUACACCUGGACUAGUUAAACAUUGUUCUUCCCAGUGAGCGAGGAGUUUCGUUCUAAUCAAGAAAGAAAGGAAGCGAAACCCCUGUAAAGUCAGCUGCAACUUCGCGGCACACCGUUCGUAGGUAUCCUCCUAGCCUCCUCUCAAAUCAUUCCCAUAACCAGUCUCGAAAUCCAAAAGACAAUACAACAUCCCGGAACAUUUCAUGUUAUCAAGCCUAAAGCCACAAGCCACAGGAAACCAUUUUCGUCAUCUGGAUAUAUCUUCUCAAACUCCGCCUCCAACCCCUCAAUAUCAAAAUGACUGCAACCCCGCCUCCUCCAACCUCAAACAAACUUUCUACAACCUUCACAGCCACCUGCCACUGCACAGCCAUCACUCUGACCUUUCCAAGGCCCACCAAACCGCUCAUAGAAUGUCUCUGCUCAAUCUGUCGACGAUACUCAACCCUCUGGGCGCAAUUCUCCUCUUCAGACGUCCAAAUCACAGGGGAUACGGAAUUUUACGUCUGGGGCGCUAAGGACAUCCAAUUUCACCGUUGUAGGGUUUGUGGAUGUGUGACGCAUUGGAUGCCGAGGGAAGGAGUUGAGGGAGGAGCAUAAGGUUGUGAGUGUUAAUUGUAGGAUGUUAGAGGUAGGGGAGCUGGAGGGGUUGGAGAGAGCGGUUACGAAGGGGCCGGCGUGAUAGAUGGGACUUUUUGUUCUUGAAAGGUCCUGCUUAUAGCAGAGAUUGGAUGUUUGAUGGGCAUACAUGAAAAGAAAGUGUUUGUUUGAAUUGCGUGCAAUAUAUGACUUGGUAUCAGAUGUAUCCUGAUUAACCCAUCUCCAUCUCCAC